AUGGACGAUCUUUUAGCCCCCUCGGCUUCCGCGCCAGCGUCCAACAUGCCCUCGCGCGUCCGCGGCCCGCGCAAGACGACCGACAACAAGGUCAACAGGGUCACGUUCAGCUGUGCCGAGUGUCGCCGCCUCAAGCUCAAGUGCUCGCGCCAGCCGUGGCCGUGUACCAAGUGUGUUGAGCGCGGAUGCUCGACCAUCUGCCCCGAGCGCGAGCUGCGUGGUCAUCAGAACAAGCUGGUGAUCAAGGGCACGGAGGAGCUGCAUUCGCGUAUUGUCGAGCUCGAGCUCGCGCUCAAGGCCGCGCACGCCAAGACGAGCAAGGACGAGCACCACCUCCUGCGCGACACGACGGCAGUCAAGACACCGAGCGCCGACGGCGACGACCUGGGUGCGUUUGGCACGCUCACCAUCGGCACCGAGGGCGAAGCGCGCUAUGUCGGUCCCAACGCCGGCAGCCAGUACCUGCAGGACGACGACGACGACGGGAACAUUGAGCGGAGCGCUACGCCGCCCGUGGAACGUGCUCGGGGCGGUGCGUACGCCGACACGGGUCUGGCGCUGCUCGACUCCAUCUUCCCUGCGGGCUCGGCGUUCACUGUCGAGGAGCUGCAAAAGGACCUCCCGGACUGGGACGCCGAGGGCCGCGCGCUCAUGACGAGCUACUGGGACAAUGUCAACUGGAUGUACCAGAUCAUCCCGCAGAGCAUGUUUGAGGCGGACCACUUCCCCAACGCCUACAGCCUGUCGCACGAGGUGCGGCCGCACGCGCACAAGGUCGCAUGUGUGUUUCUCAUGAUGGCCCUCGGCGCCAUGUUCAACCUCCGUGGCCGGCCGUGGGACCCGCGUGCGCAGGAGCUGUUCCACCGCGGCCGCGCGUGUCUCGGCCUCAUUGGCCUCGAGCACGCCAGCCCCGCGACGGUGCAGGCGCUGCACCUCAUGGGCACGUUCAUCCUCAACGACCGGAUGGGCAACGGCGCCGACGUCUUCUGGCCCAUCCUGGGCGUGGCGACGCGCGUGGCCCAGAGUCUCGGUCUGCACCGUGACGGAGCGUCGUUUGGACUCUCGCCGUACGAGAUUGAGGAACGCCGGCAGGUCUACUGGGAGAUCCUGACGUAUGACCGCCUGCAGGCCAUGUGCUUUGGCCGUCCCGGUGCCCUGAUCAACCGGUCGUGCGACACAAAGCUGCCCUCGGACCCGCACUGGAUCCCGGACGAGGACGGGUUCCACCGCGCCAAAUACGAGCUCAUGGAGAUGAUGGAGCGCGUGAUUGACAUCCAGACGACUCCGGGGCCCGUGCAGUAUUCCGACGUUGUCGAGCUCGACAAGGCCGUGUGCGAGUUCCGCAACAAGCUCCCUGAGACACUCAUGCCCAACAUUGCAAUCCCCGAUCUGCCACUGGACACGAUGACGAGCCCGCACUUUGUGAUCCACCGGUUCGGGAUCCGCCUGCUGGUCGCGCAGACGCGUCUGCUGCUGAACCGCCACUGGGUGAUGCGCGCGAUCCAGAUGAACCCCAACGACCCGGUCGUGCAACACGACGCGGACCAGCAGGCCAUGUUUGGCGGUGCGUUCCUUGCGAGCUACGAGAGUGCGCAGGAGAUUGUCCAGGUCGUCAAGCAGCUUGUGCUGUACCACCCUGCGCUCAUUGCGCGCUGGUGGUUCUUCUGGUUCCACGCAUUCUCGGCUGCUGUUGUCCUGGCCGCUGUCGCCAUCCAUGCGCCCAAAUCGGCGUUUGCGGGACCAGCGUUUACGGGUCUGUCGCACGUGUGCACCAUCUGCGAGGCGGCCGGCAAGGGUUUCCGCGCAAAGUCGGGCUUGCCAUUCAUGAAGCGGCUCAAGCAGCGUGCGCAGGAGGCGCUGUCGAACGCGGGCGUCCGCGACCUCGAGGUGGAGAUCAUCUCGCACCUGAGCGCCGAGGCCAAGCUCGUGCGCGUGGGCCUGUCGCCUCCACGACCCAACAACGCGUCGCCCAAGACCGAGCUGUCGCCGGCCCCGCAGGCCCCCGGCAGUGGGGCCGACCGGUACGACGCGCCGCCGCCCAUGGCUGGCUGGCAGAUGCACCUCGACCCGACGCUUCCGGGCGCCCAGACGAUGGACUAUACCCAGAACUGGCUGGACGGCGUGCCGUGGCAUCCCGAGCUGGACUAUGGUGCCGGCGGGGGAGUGGCCGGUGGCCAUGGUGGCCACGGACAUGGGCAUGUCGGUGGUGGAGGUGGAGGUGGUGGUGGCGGCGGCGCGGGGAUGGACGAGCGGUUCGCGAUGGACAAUGACCUGAGCGUCGCGAUGGGUCUGGAGGGCGGGCAUGGCGAUGGUGUCGACUUUCACCAGUUUGUGAGCAACUUUGGCGGCCCGGACCGUGGUGGCAUGUAUGGGAGGUAG